AUGGCAGACCACGAAUCGUUCCCCGAAGUGCAAGGCGGUGGAUCCUUGAUCCUCGCGUGGCAAGUGCGCAACAAGCGAGUCCUCGUCAUCGGCGGCGGCGAGGUAGCAGCCGGUCGAAUCCUCAAUCUCCUCAACGCCGAUGCUCUCGUAACCCUCAUUUCCCCUCGCGAUGGCCUCAACCCCGAAGUCGCCCAUCGCAUCGAGCGCGGGCAGGUAACAUACAUCGAUCGCGUCUUCGAGCCCUCCGAUCUCGACGAUCCAGAGAUAACGAUGGUCCUAACCGCGAUCGACGACCCGGAAGCAUCAUCUCAAAUCUGGAAGCUCUGCAAACAGAAGCGCAUAGCAGCCAACAUCGCCGACGUCCCUCCCGAAUGCGACUUCUACUUCGGCAGCGUACAUCGCGAUGGCCCUCUACAAAUCAUGGUCAGCACAAACGGCAACGGGCCGAAGAUGGCGAACAUCGUGAGGAGAAGGAUAGCAGCCAGUCUGCCUCCCAACAUCGGCGAUGCGAUCAAGAAGGUGGGCAGACUGAGGAGGAAGCUGAGAGAUGUGGCGCCGGAGAUUGAACAAGGGCCGAAGAGGAUGGGGUGGAUGAGUAAAGUGUGUGUGCAGUGGACGUUGGAGGAUCUGUGUGAGAUGACGGAGGAGGAUAUGGAAGGUUUGUUGGAGUUUUAUGGGCCGGAUCAGGUGCCGAGUUUGGUGGAGGUUAGGGGGCCGUGGGAGUUUGAUGGGAGUUUCGGGUGGAGUUGUGUGUGCUGA